UGCUUACCCAGCAGAACUUGCGCGCUGGCCGAGGACAGUGCUGAGCACGCGCAGCUUCGACAUCUUCCCGGUCCCCCUCCUGCGCCAACAGGUUUAGUGAAGCCCGAAAUCCCGUUUCCAGAUUUCCCAGUAAUUCUCAAGGUCCUGGUUGCUCAUCUUCCUAGGAGCAGAGUUGUAUCUUCACAUGUCUCCAUGCUUUUUUCAGAAGAACAGAAAAUGAACAAAUCCCAGGGGUCACUGUCUUUUGGGGAUGUGACUGUGGACUUCUCCCAGGAGGAGUGGCAGCAUCUGGACCCAGAUCAGAGGACCCUGUACAGGGAUGUGAUGCUGGAGAACUAUCAUAACUUUGUCUCCGUUGGGUAUCUCAUUAAAAAGCCAGCAGUGAUCUUCAAGUUGGAAGAAGGAAAGGAACCAUGGAUAGUAGAGGAAGAACUUCUGUAUCAGAACUACCAAGAAGACAACAAAGUUCAUUACCUAACAGAGAGAAUCCAGAAAUACCAAGACAAAUAUUUCCCACAACUUUUAUUCAGCAACAAAAAACUGUCCUCAGAGAAAGUUUAUGCUUUAAGAAAAUUGUCUGAUAUGAGUACAAAUUGUGUUCCUUCAAGAAAAGUGCCCUUCAAAUAUGACUUAAAUGGAAUGAAUUUGGAAAAUAUUUUAAUAUCAAUUGGUAGUAAUAGAACUUCUUCAAGAAAAAAGCCUCAUGUAUCAAAUGUAUAUGAGAAAUUACUUGAUAUUAAGCAGGCAAAACCUCAUACUGAAGAGAUUUCUUAUCAAAAUAAUCAAUAUGAGAAAGCCCUGAGUCAUAAGAAUGGUAUAAUUCAGCACUUAAAUACUCAGUCUUCAGAGAAGAUUUCAAAAUAUGGUGGUGGAAAGUCCAUAGGAAAAAAGACCACAAUAAUUCCACACAGGGAAAUUGACACAAGAGAAAAACUCUGUGAAUAUAAUGGACAUGGAGAAACCUGUGAGAAAUUAACUCUUUUGAAAUGUUAUGGGGUCCACAUGGAAAUAAAACAAUAUGAAAGCAAUCAAGUUGAAAAUAAUUUCAAAAGGGUGUCACAUUUCACUCAAGUUCAGAAAAAACAGAGACAUCAGGAUCUCUUCAAAUGUAGUGAGUGUGAGAAAACAUUCAACUACAAGUCAAACCUCAUAGUGCAUCAGAGAACACACACAGGAGAGAAACCCCUUGAGUUUAAUUUAUAUAGGAAAACAAGUCACAAAUCAGCUGUCACGGAUUAUCAGUUAACAUAUAUGGAGGAGAAACUUUAUAAAUGUCAUGAAUGUGGGAAGUCCUUUUGCAGGAAAUCCUCUCUCACUCGACAUGAGGGAAUGUAUAAAGGGGGGAAACCCCAUGAGUGUAAUGCAUGUGGAAAAACUUUCUGUAAGAAGUCAGCCUUCACUCAACAUCAGAAAACUCAUGCAGGAGAGAAACACUUCCAAUGUAAUGAACGCAGUAAGACUUUCCAUCGGCAGUCAGGCAUUAAGGUACUUAAGAGAAUCCACACAGGAGAGAAACGCUUCCAAUGUAAUGAAUGUGGCAAAACUUUCCAUUGGCAGUCAGAUGUUAAGCUACAUCAGAGAAUUCACACAGGAGAGAAACCCUUUCAGUGUAGUAAGUGUGACAAAACUUUCUAUCGACAGGCAGAUGUUAAUGCACAUCAGAGAAUUCACACAGGAGAGAAGCGCUAUCAGUGUAAUGAAUGUGGUAAAACUUUCUAUUGGCAGUCAGAUGUUCAUGCACAUCAAAGAACUCACACAGGAGAGAAACCCUUUCAAUGUAAUGAAUGUGGUAAAUCUUUUCAUCGGCAGUCGGAUGUUAAUGUUCAUCAGAGAACUCACACAGGAGAGAAACGCUUUCAGUGUAAGGAAUGUGGUAAAACUUUCUAUCGGCAGUCAGAUGUUAAUGCACAUCAGAGGAUUCACACGGGACAGAAACCCUUUCAGUGUAAGGAAUGUGGUAAAACUUUCUAUCGGCAGGCAGACGUUAAUGUGCAUCAGAGAACUCACACAGGAGAGAAACGCUUUCAAUGCAAGGAAUGUGGUAAAACUUUCUUUCGGCAGUCAGAAGUUAAUGUACAUCAGAGGACUCACACAGGAGAGAAGCCCUUUCAGUGUACUGAGUGUGGUAAAACUUUUUAUCGGCAGUCAGAUGUUAAUGCACAUCAGAGAAUUCACACAGGAGAGAAACCUUAUAAAUGUAAUCAAUGUGGGAAGUCCUUUUAUGAGAAGUCAUCCCUCACCCGACAUGAGAGAACUCACACAGGGGAAAAGCCCUAUGAAUGUAAUGAAUGUAGGAGAACCUUCUGCCAGAAGUCAGCCCUCACUCAACAUUGGAGAACUCACACAGGAGAUAGACCCUUUCAAUGCAAUGUAUGCGGUAAAACUUACCGUCAUCUGUCAGCCAUCAAUGUACAUCAGAGAACUCACACAGGAGUGAAACCCUUCCAGUGUAAUGACUGUGAGAAAUCUUUUCUUACAAAGUCGACUCUUACUAAUCAUCAGAGAACUCAUACAGGGGAAAAACCCUUUGAGUGUAAUGAAUGUGGGAAGAGUUUCCGUCAUAAAUCUACCCUCACUACCCAUCUGAGAAUUCACUCAGGAGAGAAGCCUUAUAAAUGCUGUGAAUGUGGAAAAACUUUCGGCCGGAAAUCAGCCCUUAGGAAUCAUCAAGGAAUUCACAUAGGGUAGAAACCCUAUAGCAGAAAAACUUGCUAUAUUUUUCACAAUACUCAUUUCUCUUUCUUUGUAGUUAACACAACUUGUCAAGAUUUUCUAGCCUUCUUUCCAUUCAUGUAAAGCCAUAUGACCUCUGAAUCAGAGUAUGAGCACACAUUCCAACCCUAUAGAAGACCUCAUUUGGGAUUUUUCCUAUUUCCAUUUUUCUUUCCUUAUUCAAGGGUAAUGGAGAUCACCCUCAGGGUAACUUGGGAGCUAGUUAUUAGAGAUUACAGAAUCACAAGGUGGAAGAAAUCAGGGUUCUGUGCAGAGUUCUGCCUUCUCUAACAUCACUUGUAAGUCUUGUCAUGAACCAGAAAGAAAUUUCAGUUUUGUUUGGCCAUUUAUGUAUAGGACUUUUUAUUGUCAUAGUAUAUGCUAGUCAUCUCUUAUCUCAUAUAUCUUAUGAAUGUAAUGAAGGUAUGAGAAAUUCUCUAUGUCAGAGAAUUCAUUAGGGGGGAAACUGUUCUCAUUAUCCUACAUUUUAAUAAACUUCCAUCAACAAGUCAAACAUUUUGUAAAUCAGAAAUCUACAAAUGAAAACCCCCCAAAAUGAAAUGAAUGUAGGAAAUUUUUCACAAAGAAGCUACAUCUGAUUAGUCAUCAGAUUAUUGAGAGUAGAAUAAAAUCUAAUAACUUGGAAAACAUUUCAAGAUUUCUUUAUUGGAGCAUAUAUAACAAAAAAUUAUCAGUUUAGGAAGUGAAGAAAGCCUCCUCAUCUAGAAAUAAUCUUAUACUAGAAGCAGUGUUUUGGAUGCAGCAGUAAAUAGCUUAUUAAUAAUCUAACACGAAAUAUUUAUCUGGCCAUUAUGCUCAACAAAGGAUAUGUAGUUUUCAGAAGGCACAAAUGAGUUGAGUCAUCAAAGUAACAGCACUAAGUGUCACAUAGUGACAUUCACUAUGUGAAUAAUCAUAGCCUCUGAGCUUUGUCAGAUUUAUACAUAUGAGUGUACUCUAUAACUGCUACUUUCUGAAUGCUUGAUUUUUGUUUUGGACUCCAAAAUAGUUGGAGCAGGAACAAUGCACCCUUACCUAAAUAACUUUUGUAACAUACACAACAAUUUCUGACACUAAAUACUCUUGUUGCUCCAUCAUAUACUUAGGCCACAAUAGAUAUUUUUAAAAGAAACCUUGAACACAUGAAAUGCUAUGUAUCAUAUGUGUUUUCUACUUUUUGGUGGCAUAUGUAAAUCCGUAUAGACAUUGUUAACCAACUAUUCUUUUAGUAAAUGAGCCCAAUAAUGACUAAUCAAGAUUUACUUGAAGUAUGCAAUGAUUCAGCAAACCAUUGUUUAUAGUACACAUCUGAAUUUUCAAAAUUGGUUUUGAACAGUAGUACUUAUUAUACUGUACAGAUUGAAAACAGGGCCCAUUGAAGACAUUUUCCCCAUUUUAUAUUUGUGCUAUGUCCAAACUAUAUGCUUAUGUAGGUUUUAAGUGUGAAGUGCAGAUUUUAUGUGAGCAAAAAACUAUCUACAUUUGUAUUUAGUGUGGUAGAAUGCCACAUUUUUCCUUCUACAAUUAUACACUUUUUUUCAAACAGGUUGUUCUAUGUCUUUCACUUAUUUGAGUGUUCUUUGUUGUGGUUUAAUCUUUUUGCCUCAAUUUCCUCAUCUGCAAAAUGGAGAUAAUAUUGUCUACCUCAUAGAUACUGAAUAGUUUGGAUCAGAGUUUUCUGUUAUUAGAACUUAAAGCAUUUAUGUUUAUAACUCGAACAUUAGAAAUAAAAAGUUUGUCAUUAAAAAAAAAAAAGAUUUGGGGAUCCCUGGGUGGCGCAGCGGUUUGGCGCCUGCCUUUGGCCCAGGGCGCGAUCCUGGAGACCCGGAAUCGAAUCCCACG